CUCAGCCACAGCAGGCUCCGGUCUCACUGAGGAGCAGUGUGUCCCGCACUGGAUCCCAUCUCUCUCUCCAGCACCUGGCAAGGGGUCAACAGGCGGAAGCAAAGGGACGAAUGGGCAGAGCAGAACUUCUGGGCAGGAACAUGAGCACCGAGGAUCCCUCAGAGCUGUGGGGUCAGUCGGAUGGAGGAGCAGAUCUGCUCCAGGACUUGGGGUGGUAUCAUGGCAACCUCACACGCCAUGCAGCUGAGGCUCUCCUCCUCUCCAAUGGACGUGAUGGGAGCUACCUGCUAAGAGACAGCCAUGAGCAGGCCGGACUCUAUUCUCUCUCGGUGAGAGCCAAAGACUCUGUCAAACACUUUCACGUCGAAUACACUGGGUAUUCAUUUAAAUUUGGCUUCAAUGAAUAUUCAACUUUAAAGGAUUUUGUCAAGCACUUUGCAAAUCAGCCUUUGAUUGGAAGCGAGACAGGGACUCUGAUUGUUUUGAAACAUCCCUAUCCAAGAAUAGUGGAAGAGCCCUCCAUUUAUGAAUCAGUCCGGGUCCACACAGCCAUGCAGACGGGAAGAACAGAAAACGACCUCGUGCCCACCGCACCUUCUCUCGGCACCAAGGAAGGCUACCUCACCAAGCAGGGCGGCCUGGUAAAGACCUGGAAAACAAGAUGGUUCACUUUGCAAAGGAAUGAACUGAAAUAUUUCAAAGACCAGAUGUCACCAGAACCAAUCCGGAUCCUAGACCUAAGGGAGUGUUCAGCUGUUCAAUUUGAUUACUCACAGGAAAAAGUAAACUGCUUCUGCCUAGUGUUUCCAUUCAGGACAUUUUAUCUCUGUGCAAAGACAGGAGUUGAAGCUGAUGAGUGGAUCAAAAUACUGCGGUGGAAGCUGUCAAAACUGAGAAAACAGCUGGACCAAGGAGAGGACACUGUGCGAUCUCGGUCAUUCAUCUUCAAAUAGAACUUUCUUGGCUCGGGCAAGGUGGAAUGUUCCAGGUGCUCUGAUCUGCGGCAGGCUUCAGAGGAAAGGUCAUUAAAGGAUUUCCUCGGAAAACAAACACAAAGUAGACCGUGGUGGGGAGGUGAAUGUGGUUUGCUGAUUCAUGGCCAACAGCUGGCAGGAGCAGCCAUCUGCUCAAGACGGUGGAAGCAGCGCCCGGCUGAUGGAAACUGCCUACCUCCCACUUCCAGGUGGGGCCGCUCUCAGAACCCGGUGCAGGAUGAAAUUUGUGUGCUCUCACCCAGGCUCAGGCUUGGUGACUCAGCUGCCUGGCAUCCUGCCUCAAGUCACUGUCCGCACAACCUCACUUAAACAGCAGUAUGUUGGGGUCUCCGGCUGCUCCUCUAGGAAGCAAAUUAAGACAAUAAACACCCAGGACUUUCAAAGGAGGGGCCGGUUUGGCUUUGUUUAUAUACAAAAACCACAAAUAGGGCUGGAGAGGUGGCCCAGCCAUUAGAAGUGCAUCUGCUUUUGCAGAGAACCUGAGUUCAGUUUCUAGGAUCCCAGACCAAGUGACUCACGAACGCCUCUAACUCCAGCUUCAGAAGGAACAGACGCCCCUGAUGACCUUGGGCACCUGCACACAGGUACGCAUACUCACACACAUGCACAUAAUGAAAAAAAUCAUUUAAAAAGUUUUCAAGCC